AUGUUAUUUUGGUUACAGCAAAUUUUUUGUUCAACACAAAUAUUAGAUUUUAAUUUUUUAGUAGAUCUAGAAAAUACAAUGGAUUUUUCAAGAGUUUUUGAAAGUAUAGAAUUAUGUGAAAAAGAAGAUAUACAACAAAAGACUCAAGAAUCGACUAAAACAGAAGAUGAAUAUAUGAAUGAUAAUCAAUUAAGUUCUAAUUUAUUAACAGAUUGUACAGGUAAAGAUUUAAAUAGACGAUUAAAAUAUGUUGAUUAUGAUUUAUUUAAUUUUUCUUCCUCAACAACCGCAGCGAAUGAUUUGAUGGCACACAGUUGCACAAGAAGUACAUCUAUUACUAAUGUAUCUAAAGAGCAAUAUUGUGCGUCAGAAGAAUCAAGAAAUGACACAAAACGUCUCAAAACUUCAACCAGUAGUAGAACUGAUACAUCAGAGCAUUCUUAUUUACAUAGAUUUUGGAAUAAUGAAACUAAUUUAUUAUUACAAAAAAAUCAAAAUGAUUUAAUACAAGAGCAAUAUGGUAAUUCAGAAAACAAAACUUUUUUGCAGAAAAAUUAUAAUGAUUUGAUUUUAUUGGACCAUCAAAAUAACCAUUUAGUGACAAAUUAUGAUAUAAAUGAACCAAGUGCUGUUCAUACAGAUGCUCCAUUAAAUGUUGGUGUUUCUUCUACGAUUAAUAACCCUGAAAGUAGUUAUUCUUUUAAUAAUUCUUACCAGGAUGAUAAAAACGUAAAAGAUAAAAUGAAAAAAUUAAAAACUAACAAAGUAUCUAAUAUACAAACAAAUAGUAGUGAAAAGGCUUCAAAGUCUAAAAGAAGAAUAAAGACUAGUAAAACAACUCUAAAAAGUCAAUUUACAGCUAGCGAGCGCGAACUUUUUGAUAAAUACAAGAACACUGAAGAGUACUUUAAAAAGUUUUAUAAACUUGAUAUUAAAGAUCAAAUGCCGCAAUUUAUUAAGAAACUUGAAAUAUCUAAUCUUUCUGAUGACCUGAAACAAAAAUCAAUUCUUUCUCUAAGAAAUCUUUUAAGUUUUUUAGAUACGAUAAGUGCAAUUAGAAUUAAUACGGUGAAAAAGAAAAAUAAGGAAGAUUUUUUAAAUUCAUUAAAUCUAGCAUGUUAUCAAUUUAGCAAGUAUGCAGACGUGUAUCAAAAACUUUUAAUUUUUAAAUUGAUUUGCAAUAAUUUACAUCGUGUUAGUGAUAGCGUUUUUUGUAGUUUUUCUUGUUGUAAAUUUUAUGAAAUUAACAGGUUAAUAUUUUCUGUUGAAAGAAGAUUUAAUUUAUUUUACAGUAGACUAAAAAAAUUAAGGGAUGAUUUUAAAAAAAAUGAUCAACAUUAA